UGUGGAGCCAGCACAGGUCUGCUUACCGAGCUUUAGUUUUAGGAGAAUUCAAACGCUAGAACGUCACGGAAAUAGAUCUGCAACAGCGUGAUAUAGCAACGUCUCGGUUUUUCUUUAUGCGUCCUGGGUACUGAGGAUAAAGAAGCGGCUCGAAGUUUAUGAAAAUUUUAGCGUUUAUUUAAUCUGGUGCUGCCGCAAUUCCCAGCUGGGCGAACGCGCUUGCGCAGUAUUCCAUCCUGCUUCCCUGCUGCUUUAUUAAUUUUUAAUGGAAAUGGCUGCCCUUCUCAUCUAAAGCUCAAUGCUACAGGAAAAACACAAACCUGAAAAUCGAACUAGCAUCUUAGUUAUUCUGGUUUUCUGAAGACGCAGCACCUAGGCUAAAUUAGUCCGUCAGUCGCUUACUGUCCGCUGCAAAAACGAUGACUCUGCUUUAGGAUUUAAAGGAUGGGAGAUAUGUCGUUUUUAUAUUUAACCAUUUACAUUCCAUGAUCCACAAACAAUUGAGAGGAAAAUGAUGCGCCAAGUUUCCGGUAAUAACGAGUACUGCAUGAGUGGUAGGGCAUCCUGCCUCGCGGAAGAUAAUGUUCAUCCCACCAGUCAUUAUGACCUGUGUACCUCACAGUCCAAGUUCUACCCACCAGCCCCUCCACCCCCGUUACAGCUUUCACUACCACCCCUGCCCCCUCUGCCACAGAACCCCCUCAAACCCAUGUCCUGUCAAAGGCAGGAUGCCCGCAGUGAGUCGCACCCCCAGAGCGUGGGUGUGAAAAACCCAGAGCAGUCCGAGGACACCAAGAAAAAGAAAGUUCCGGGGCGUUCCGGGAGGAGGGGGCGGCCCUCUGGAACCACCAAGUCCGCAGGCUACAGGACCAGCACCGGUCGGCCUCUGGGGACUACCAAGGCAGCGGGGUUCAAAACCAGUCCAGGGAGGCCUCUGGGUACGACCAAGGCUGCAGGGUACAAGGUGAGCCCAGGGCGACCCCCUGGCAGCAUCAAGAACCUCUCGCGUCUCAACAAACUGGGCUAUGGCACCUGCAGCGGGGCGGCAUUCCCCUACAACGUGAUGCAGAAGCGAGGCCUGUGUGGUGCCUCCGGGGAGGAGAAGGACCCGAACCAGUAGAUCCUGCUUUUCUGUUUACUGCAUCAGUUAGCAGGAGCAAAAACUGGAGUGAAAGAGCUGUGGGCUAGGGAGAGUGCUGUUAUAUUACUGAACCUUGUGGAGCAAGAAAGGAGGAGUUAUUAUUUGAUUGGCAUGUACUUCCACUGUAUGUCUGCCUCAGUCAAGUCAGGUUUUCAUAUGAGUACACAUGAAACAUGUUGUGUAAAAAAAAAAGAAAAAAGUUAUUUUGCAUUGGAAGCAUAUUGCCACAGGACUUACUACUUAUCCAUUUUAACUAUUAUCUAAAAAACAUGUCAUUUAUGUAUUUAAUACCUAAUUUCAUUGUUUGCUGUGUCUUGUCUGAAUUGAUUGUUCGUUACAUUUUUACAUUUACAUAAUAGCAACCAUAAUCCCUUAAUAAAAAGUGUUUUUUUAAAUACACAUGUUAGUACAUCUGUGCUCACAUAAGCCUUGAUGAAUUUCAAUUCUAGAAAUCAGAGGAGAGAGACAACAUAGCUGUACAUACACAAAGUGAAGCUUUGUUCUAGAGAAUGAUAUUAUUAGAUUUUCUCCCCAUGAAGGCUGUUAAUGGUAAUGCCUGCUCUAGAGACAGGUCACUUUCAUAGGAGUACUGUAAAGUAUUACUGGUCUGAUACUAUAGGUACUCCUAACAAAGAAAUAUAUAACAGGGAACAUCAUUAUAUGUGACAGCUGUCACAAUUAUUGCUUAUUUCACACAUUUAAAUCCACUCACCAGGGGUUAGUGGUUAAUGAGGAGCCACACUAGGUUUCAAAGGUGUUGUAAGUCAAGGGAGGACAAAUUUAAAAAGGUCUGCUUACAUUUAUUUAAAGAAAGCUUGUAAUUAUAAUUUGUUGGGUUCCUCAAACCCCCUUAUUUCACUUUAGAUUCUUUGAAUAUUCAUCACAUGCUGCAGUGAUAUGUAGCCUGUUUGUUCAUGUGUGUUGGUGUGAAUAAAGGUACUGUGGUGUUUUGUUCAUGCUAAAACCCUUUGUUGUUUUGUAAAUUAGAUCAAAACCACAGCUUGUUUCUCCCACACUUUUGAUAAACUAUGAAGUUGAAGUUGGAUAACUGCAUUUAUAACAAUUACAAAUCAUCAAUCAAAAAAUCAUAAGCAUAUGCGCAAUAGAUUUCACUAUGGUACGAUUUUCACUCUGUUACA